AUGUUGAUCCACCAGACCUACUUCCCAACAUCACCCAGACCUACCUCCCAACAUCACCCUGGUGGACACCAGACCUACCUCCCAACAUCACCCUGGUGGACACCAGACCUACCUCCCAACAUCACCCUGGUGGACACCAGACCUACCUCCCAACAUCACCCUGGUGGACACCAGACCUACCUCCCAACAUCACCCUGGUGGACACCAGACCUACCUCCCAACAUCACCCUGGUGGACAUCAGACCUACCUCCCAACAUCACCCUGGUGGACACCAGACCUACCUCCCAACAUCACCCUGGUGGACACCAGACCUACCUCCCAACAUCACGUUGGUGGACACCAGACCUACCUCCCAACAUCACCCCGGUGGACACCAGACCUACCUCCCAACAUCACCCCUGUGGACACCAAACCUACCUCCCAACAUCACCCUGGUGGACACCAGACCUACCUCCCAACAUUACCCAGAUGGACACCAGACCUACCUCCCAACAUCACCCCUGGUGGACACCAGACCUACCUCCCAACAUCACCCCUGGUGGACACCAGACCUACCUCCCAACAUCACCCUGGUGGACACCAGACCUACCUCCCAACAUCACGUUGGUGGACACCAGACCUACCUCCCAACAUCACCCCGGUGGACACCAGACCUACCUCCCAACAUCACCCCUGUGGACACCAAACCUACCUCCCAACAUCACCCUGGUGGACACCAGACCUACCUCCCAACAUCACCCUGGUGGACACCAGACCUACCUCCCAACAUUACCCAGAUGGACACCAGACCUACCUCCCAACAUCACCCCGCUAUAUACAGGGAGUACCAGUACUGAGUCCAUGUCCAGGGGUACCAGGUAAUAACAUGGCUAUAUACAGGGAGUACCAGGACUGAGUCCAUGUCCAGGGGUACCAGGUAAUGGAGGUAGAUAUGUACAUACAAUAUAACUAGGAAUAUAGUGACAGAUAAAAAACAGUAGCAGCAGCGUAUGGGAUGAGUCAAAAGAGUUAGUGCAAAAAGGGUCAAUGCAGAUAGUCCGGGUAGCUAUUUGGUUAACUAUUUAACAGUCUUAUGGCUUGGGGGUAGAAGCUGUUCAGGGUCCUGUUGGUUCCAGACUUGGCGAAUCGGUACCGUUUGCCGUGUGUGAUGCAAUCAUUUCCAUGGGAAUGUAGAGUGUUCAUACAAAUGAUGCUAACUGAUGUGGCUCAUGCAAUGGAAUGGAUGUUUUGUAAUGUCAGUUGCGUUGAAUCAACAAAUCACAGCACAGAUUGAAGGGUACACUUCCUGCUUUUACUUCCUGCUUUUCCUUCCUGCUUUUACCUUCCUGCUUUUACUUCCUACUUUGCUCCUAUGGGUACAUUCGCAAUGGCUGGCAGUCCACCCAUUAUGCCACCAUUGUCUUGAACGGGAACACAUUUUCUACUCAAUGAGGGGAUUCGAUUAAUCUGGCCAGGGCGCCCGGGUAGUCAUGUUUUGCACCGGGUGAAGUUUUGGAACCGGGCUGCCUUCCUCCCAGGCGUGAGCCAGCACAUGGAGUAAUGAGUAGGAAUCUGUGGGAAGAUCUCAGUUGCAUUCUCCUCACGCCCUCCCUCCUCAUCUCCUUCUCAAAACACAUUGGAUGAGGAAAGACAGAGGUCCUCUCUCCUUGUCUCCUCUGGUCCUCUCUCCUUGUCUCCUCUGGUCCUCUCUCCUUGUCUCCUCUGGUCCUCUCUCCUUGUCUCCUCUGGUCCUCUCUCCUUGUCUCCUCUGGUCCUCUCUCCUUGUCUCCUCUGGCUUUCUCAUGAAAAUGUGUUUUGAGAAGGAGAUGAGGACACAAACACUAUGUACUUGAGAUCUCUGUGUUUUAAAAUAACCCCACGGUUCUAGAGAGCUAUAGGUUUUUAACCCAACUCAACCCUGUUGGAGUGGCAACCUACAAGAUGGUUGCUCUCCAGGAACAUGUUUGUAAAUUCUAACUAUUGUUUCAUGGGGUUUCUUAUUACCUACAUAUACACUACCGGUCAAAAGUUUGGACACACCUACUCAUUCAAGGGUUUUUCUUUAUUUGUACUAUUUUCUACGUUGUAGAAUAAUAGAGAAGACAUCAAAACUAUGAAAUAACACAUAUGGAAUCAUGUAGUAACCAAAAAAAGUGUUAAACAAAUCAAAAUAUAUUUUAUUUUUGAGAUUCUUCAAAUAGCCACCCUUUGCCUUGAUAACAUCUUUGCACACUCUUGGCAUUCUCUCAACCAGCUUCAUGAGGUAGUCAUCUGGAAUGCAUUUCAAUUAACAGGUGUGCCUUGUUAAAAGUUAAUUUGUGGAAUUUCUUUCCUUAAUGCGUUUGAGCCAAUCAGUUGUGUUGUGACAAGGGGGGUGGGGGGGGGGGUAAACAGAAGAUAGCCCUAUUUGGUAAAAGACCAAGUCCGUAUUAUGGCAAGAACAGAUCAAAUAAUCAAAAAGAAACGACAGUCCAUCAUUACUUUAAGACAUGAAGGCCAGUUAAUAAGGAACAUUUCAAUAACUUUUUUCUUUGCAGUCGCAAAAACCAUCAAGCUCUCUGAUGAAACUGGCUCUCAUGAGGACCGCCACAGGAAUGGAAGACCCAGAGUUACCUCUGCUGCAGAGGAUAAGUUCAUUAGAGUUACCAGCCUCAGAUAUUGCAGUCCAAAUAAAUGCUUCACAGAGUUCAAGUCACAGACACAUCUCAACAUCAACUGUUCAGAGGAGACUGUGUGAAUCAGGCCUUCAUGGUCGAAUUGCUGCAAAGAAACCACUACUAAAGGACACCAAUAAGAAGAAGAGACUUGCUUGGGCCAAGAAACAAGAGCAAUGGACAUUAGACCGGUGGAAAUUUGUCCUUUGGUCUGGAGUCCAAAUUUGAGAUUUUUGGAACCAACCGCCGUGUCUUUGUGAGACGCAGUGUGGGUGAACGGAUGAUCUCUGCAUGUUUAGUUCCCAUCGUAAGGCAUGGAGGAGGAGGUGUUAUGGUGUGGGGGUGCUUUGCAGGUGACACUGUCUGUGAUUGAUUUAGAAUUGAAGGCACUCUUAACCAGCAUGGCUACCACAGCAUUCUGAAGCAAUACGCCAUCCAUUUACAUUUACAUUUACGUCAUUUAGCAGACGCUCUUAUCCAGAGCGACUUACAAAUUGGACCCCAUCUGGUUUGGGCUUAGUGGGACUAUCAUUUUGUAUACAUCUGGCCCUUCAUUGGACACUGUGUUAACAAACCUCCAAACGAGCUUCAACGCCUUACAACACUCCUUCAGUAGCCUCCAACUGCUCUUAAACACUAGUAAAACUAAAUGCAUGCUCUUCAAUCGAACGCUGCUGGCACCCGCCCACCCGACUAGAAUCACUACUCUCGACGGGUCUGACCUAGAGUAUGUGGACAACUACAAAUACAUUUACAUUUACAUUUUAGUCAUUUAGCAGACGCUCUUAUCCAGAGCGACUUACAGGAGCAAUUAGGGUUAAGUGCCUUGCUCAAGGGCACAUUAACGUCAUUUAGCAGACGCUCUUAGCCAGAGCGACUCGCAAAUUGGUGCGUUCACCCUAUAGCCAGUGGGAUAACCACUUUACAAUUUAGGGGGGGGGGGGGGGGGGGGGGGGGGGUUAGAAGGAACACUUAUCCUAUCCCAGGUACCUGUAAACUGUAAACUCUCCUUCCAGACUCACAUAACUGUUAACUCUCCUUCCAGACUCACAUUAAGCAUCUCCAAUCCAAAGUUAAAUCUAGAAUCGGCUUCCUAUUUCGCAACAAAGCCUCCUUCACUCAUGCUGCCAAACAUGCCCUAGUAAAACUGACUAUCCUACCGAUCCUUGACUUCGGCGAUGUCAUUUACAAAAUAGCCUCCAACACUCUACUCAGCAAAUUGGAUGUAGUCUAUCACAGUGCCAUCCGUUUUGUCACCAAAGCCUCAUAUACUACCCACCACUGUGACCUGUACGCUCUUGUUGGCUGGUCCUCACUACAUAUUCGUCGCCAAACCCACUGGCCCCAGGCCAUCUAUAAAUCACUGCUAGGCAAAUCCCCGCCUUAUCUUAGCUCACUGGUCACCAUAGCAACACCCACCCGUAGUCUGCGCUCCAGCAGGUAUAUCUCACUGGUCAUCCCCAAAGCCAACACCUCCUUUGGCCGCCAUUCCUUCCAGUUCUCUGCUGCCAAUGACUGGAACGAAUUGCAAAAAUCUCUGAAGCUGGAGACUCUUAUCUCCCUCACUAACUUUAAGCAUCAGUUGUCAGAGCAGCUUACCGAUCACUGCACCUGUACACAGUCAUUCUGAAAUUAGCCCACCCAACUACCUCAUCCCCAUAUUGUUAUUUAUUUUGCUCAUUUGCACCCCAGUAUCUCUACUUGCACAUAAUCUCUUGCACAUCUAUCAUUCCAGUGUUAAUACUAAUUGUAAUUAUUUUGCACUAUAGCCUAUUUAUUGCCUUACCUCCAUAACUUGCUACAUUUUCACACACUGUAUAUAUAUUUUCUGUUGUAUUUUUGACUUUAUGUUUUGUUUUACCCCAUAUGUAACUCUGUGUUGUUGUUUUUAUCGCACUGCUUUGCUUUAUCUUGGCCAGGUCGCAGUUGUAAAUGAGAACUUGUUCUCAACUGGCUUACCUGGUUAAAUAAAGUUGAAAUAAAUAAAAAAUACGGACAAUGGGCUAUUUUACCAAGAAGGAGAGUGAUGGAGUACUGCAUCAGAUGACCUCCACAAUCCCCCAACCUCAACCCAAUUGAGAUGGUUUGGGAUUAGUUGGAUGGCAGAGUGAAGGAAAAGCAGCCAACAAGUGCUCAACAUAUGUGGGAACUCCUUCAAGACGGUUGGAAAAGCAUUCCAGGUGAAGCUGGUUGAGAGAAUGCCAAGAGUGUGCAAAGCUGUCAUCAAGGCAAAGGGUGGCAAUUUGAAGAAUCUCAAAUUUUGAUUUGUUUAACACUUUUUUGGUUACUACAUGAUUCCAUAUGUGUUAUUUCAUAGUUUUGAUGUCUUCACUAUUAUUCUACAAUGUAGAAAAUAGUAAAAAAUAAAGAAAAACCCUUGAAUGAGUAGGUGUGUCCAAACUUUUGACUGGUAGUGUAAAUACAUCAAUGGAUCUAAAAACUGUCUGGGGUAUUGACAAACAGCCAGUCAAGUGUUAUGAAGGGCCCAGAAGGGUUUUGGGGUGAACGUCCCCUUUAAUUGUUGUUUGGUUGAUUAGCAGUCAAGGGAUAAAGCUAUGACUUCUAAUACACUGAAUAAGAAGAACAAAAAUCACCUCAGAUAAUGGAGUGUUGUGUUUUAGUUAUACAGUAUAUGAUGUACAGAACAGCAAACAGGUAAAUUAAUUUUAGGUUGACAAGGUUAACCUCAUGACAACCUUCUCACAAUCCGUUUGCAAUGUGUGACAACAUCACAGCAUUGUUCAGAAUGUAAUGUAUUCCAGACGUAAAGAUGAAACUCUUAGCCUGUUAGUAUCAGAAUGUAAUGUAUUCCAGACGUAAAGAUGAAACUCUUAGCCUGUUAGUAUCAGAAUGUAAUGUAUUCCAGACGUAAAGAUGAAACUCUUAGCCUGUUAGUAUCAGAAUGUAAUGUAUUCCAGACGUAAAGAUGAAACUCUUAGCCUGUUAGUAUCAGAAUGUAAUGUAUUCCAGACGUAAAGAUGAAACUCUUAGCCGGUUAGUAUCCCGCCCAUGGUAGCGUCUUUGCUGCUUCACGUUGUAUUGAUUGACUCCUCUAAAGCUAGCCUGACAUUCCAAAUUGCAUUGCCUUGAUACUCAAUAGUCUCCCAGUCCCUCCCGCUGAAAGAUAUCCCCACAGCAUGAUGCUGCCACCACCAUGCUUCACCGUAGGGAUGGUGCCUGGUUUCCUCCAGACGUGACGAUUGGCAUUCAGUCUUGGUUACGUCAGACCAGAGAAUCUUGUUUCUCAUGGUCUGAGAGUCUUUAGGUGCUUUUUGGCAAACUCCAAGAGGGCUGUCAUGUGCCUUUUACUAAGGAGUGGCUUCAUUCUGGCCACUCUACCAUAAAGGCCUGAUUGGUGGAGUGCUGCAGAGAUGGUUGUCCUUCUGGAAGGUUCUCCCAUCUCCACAGAGGAACUCUAGAGCUCUGUCAGAGUGACCAUUGGGUUCUUGGUCACCUCCCUGACCAAGGCCCUUCUCCCCUGAUUGCUCAGUUUGGCCGGGCAGCCAGCUCUAGGAAGAGUCUUGGUGGUUCCAAACAUCUUCCAUUUAAGAAUGAUGGAGGCCACUGUGUUCUUGGGGACCUUCAAUGCUCCAGAAAUUUUUUUGUACCCUUUCCCAGAUCUGUGCCUUGGCACAAUCCUGUCUCGGAGCUCUACGGACAAUUCCUUCAACCUCAUGGCUUGGUUUUUGCUCUGACAUGCACUGUCAACCGUGGGACCUUAUAUAGACAUGUCCUAUCAAUAGAAUUUACCACAGGUGGACUCCAAUCAAGUUGGAGAAACGUCUCAUGGAUGAUCAAUGGAAACAGGAUGAACCUGAGCUCAAUUUCGAGUCUCAUAGUAAAGGGUCUGAAUAAUUAUGUAAAAAAGGUAUUUCUGUUUGAUUUUUUAAAAUAAAUUUGCAAACAUUUCUAAACAUUUCUUUUCGGUUUGUCAUUAUGGGGUAUUGUGUGUAGAUUGCUGAGGAUUUUUAUGUAUUUAAUCGAUUUUAGAAUAAUGCUGUAACAAAAUGAAGAAAAAAUCAAGGGGUCUGAAUACUUUCCGAAGUGUAUAAUGAACUAAAGAUCUAUGUUCUGUAGUAACAAAAAUAUACCUCCACUAAUGAUCUAUGUUCUGUAGUAACACAACUAUAACCUCCACUAAUGAUCUAUGUAGUGGUAGUAACACAACUAUAACCUCCACUAAUGAUCUAUGUAGUGGUAGUAACACAACUAUAACCUCCACUAAUGAUCUAUGUAGUGGUAGUACUCUACUGGCAGACAGUUUGUGUAAAAGUCACACAGCUUUAAUCCUCAAAUCACACUGUGUGCGUCUGUGUGUGUCUGCUAUUAUGGGUAGUCCUGUUGUGAGUUUCAGUCGGAGGUGAAUUAUGUUUCUCUCCCUAUCUCCCUCCCCCACCACUAACACUAUCUCCCUCCCCCACCACUAACCCUAUCUCCCUCCCCCACACUAACCCUAUCUCCCUCCCCCACCACUAACCCCAGCUCCCUCCCCCACCACUAACCCUAUCUCCCUCCCCCACCACUAACCCUAUCUCCCUCCCCCACCACUAACUCUAUCUCCCUCCCCCACCACUAACCCUAUCUCCCUCCCCACCACUAACCCUAUCUCCCUCCCCCACCACUAACCCCAGCUCCCUCCCCCACCACUAACCCCAGCUCCCUCCCCCACCACUAACCCCAGCUCCCUCCCCACCACUAACCCCAGCUCCCUCCCUCCCCCACCACUAACCCCAGCUCCCUCCCCCACCACUAACCCUAUCUCCCUCCCCCACCACUAACCCCAGCUCCCUCCCCCACCACUAACCCCGGCUCCCUCCCCACCACUAACCCCAGCUCCCUCCCCCACCACUAACCCUAUCUCCCUCCCCCACCACUAACCCUAUCUCCCUCCCCCACCACUAACCCUAUCUCCCUCCCCCACCACUAACCCUAUCUCCCUCCCCCACCACUACCCCGGCUCCCUCCCCACCACUAACCCCAGCUCCCUCCCCACCACUAACCCUAUCUCCCUCCCCCCCACUAACCCAUCUCCCUCCCCCACCACUAACCCUAUUCCCUCCCCACCACUAACCCUAUCUCCCCCCCCACCACUAACCCCCUCCCUCCAACCAUCUCCCUCCCCCACCACUAACCCUGAUCUCCCUCCCCACCACUAACCCUAUCUCCCUCCCCCACCAACUAACCCUAUCUCCCUCCCCCACCACAACCCGGUAGGAUAUCAUCUAUCUGUUGAUUAUUAUUCAUUUUCCCCACCGGUGGCACCCAGUGAAUCAGACCUGUCAAUCCAGUCUCAGUCUGCAAAUGGCACCUUUUUCCUUAUGGGCUCUAAUUAGUAGGGAAUAGGCUGCCAUUUGGGACACAGCGUCAGUCUGAGGGGGAGGCCAUGUUUGUUUUGUUUAUAUCGAUCCAGAGCACAUGUGAGACAGCUGUUCAGCGUAGAAACCGAGCCGAGGCUUCAGAGUUCACUCCUACUCCCCUUGGCAACCGUUCAGUUGGCAGGGAGGGAAGGAACACUGUGAGAGCACACACACACACACACACACACACUCACAUACACACACAACACACACACUGCUAGGCUAAUCAAUAAAAACAACAAACCAGCAAAUCAAGACCGCACUGGGCCGAACUCCCUGCCAUCCAGGACCUCUAUACCAGGCGGUGUCAGAGGAAGACCUCUGCCAUCCAGGACCUCUAUACCAGGCGGUGUCAGAGGAAGGCCCUAAAAAUGGAGCACCAAGUACCGGAGCGCCAAGUCAAGGUCCAAAAGGCUCCUGAACAGAUUCUACCCCUAAGCCAGAAGUCUGCUAAACAAGGCUGAUAAAUAGCUAAUCAUGGCUACCUGGAAAACCUGCAUUGAUCCUUUUUUCCAUUAACUCUCUUGCACUGGACUCUACCCACACACUGGACUCUACCCACACACACAAAACACACACACACACACAUAUUGAGGCCCCACGCACACACACACACAUUCCUUCACACUCUUCACAUACGCUGCUGCUACUCUCUGUUUAUUAUCUAUGUAUAGUCACUUUACCCCUACCUACAUGUACAUAUUACCUCAAUUACCUCGUGGCCCUGCACAUUGACUCGGUACCAGUACUCCUUGUACAGUGCUGCCUUCAGAAAGUAUUCACAGUGCUGCCUUCAGAAAGUAUUCACAGUGCUGCCUUCAGAAAGUAUUCACAGUGCUGCCUUCAGAAAGUAUUCACAGUGCUGCAUUCAGAAAGUAUUCACAGUGCUGCCUUCAGAAAGUAUUCACAGUGCUGCCUUCAGAAAGUAUUCACAGUGCUGCCUUCAGAAAGUAUUCACAGUGCUGCAUUCAGAAAGUAUUCACAGUGCUGCCUUCAGAAAGUAUUCACAGUGCUGCCUUCAGAAAGUAUUCACAGUGCUGCCUUCAGAAAGUAUUCACAGUGCUGCAUUCAGAAAGUAUUCACAGUGCUGCCUUCAGAAAGUAUUCACAGUGCUGCUUUCAGAAAGUAUUCACAGUGCUGCCUUCAGAAAGUAUUCACAGUGCUGCCUUCAGAAAGUAUUCACAGUGCUGCCUUCAGAAAGUAUUCACAGUGCUGCCUUCAGAAAGUAUUCACAGUGCUGCCUUCAGAAAGUAUUCACAGUGCUGCCUUCAGGAAAGUAUUCACAGUGCUGCCUUCAGAAAGUAUUCACAGUGCUGCCUUCAGAAAGUAUUCACAGUGCUGCCUUCAGAAAGUAUUCACAGUGCUGCCUUCAGAAAGUAUUCACAGUGCUGCAUUCAGAAAGUAUUCACAGUGCUGCCUUCAGAAAGUAUUCACAGUGCUGCCUUCAGAAAGUAUUGACAGUGCUGCCUUCAGAAAGUAUUCACAGUGCUGCCUUCAGAAAGUAUUCACAGUGCUGCCUUCAGAAAGUAUUCACAGUGCUGCCUUCAGAAAGUAUUCACAGUGCUGCCUUCAGAAAGUAUUCACAGUGCUGCCUUCAGAAAGUAUUCACAGUGCUGCCUCCAGAAAGUAUUCACAGUGCUGCCUUCAGAAAGUAUUCACAGUGCUGCCUUCAGAAAGUAUUCACAGUGCUGCCUUCAGAAAGUAUUCACAGUGCUGCCUUCAGAAAGUAUUCACAGUGCUGCCUUCAGAAAGUAUUCACAGUGCUGCCUUCAGAAAGUAUUCACAGUGCUGCCUUCAGAAAGUAUUCACAGUGCUGCCUUCAGAAAGUAUUCACAGUGCUGCCUUCAGAAAGUAUUCACAGUGCUGCCUUCAGAAAGUAUUCACAGUGCUGCAUUCAGAAAGUAUUCACAGUGCUGCCUUCAGAAAGUAUUCACAGUGCUGCCUUCAGAAAGUAUUCACAGUGCUGCCUUCAGAAAGUAUUCACAGUGCUGCCUUCAGAAAGUAUUCACAGUGCUGCCUUCAGAAAGUAUUCACAGUGCUGCCUUCAGAAAGUAUUCACAGUGCUGCCUUCAGAAAGUAUUCACAACCCUUGACUUAUUCCACAUUUUGUUGUGUUACAUGGAUUAAAUAGUUACAAUACCCCACAAUGACAAAGUGAAAACAUGUUUUUUUCAAAUUGAUUGAAAAUGAAAUAAAGAAAUAUCUCAUUUACAUAAGUAUUCACACCCCUGAGUAGAAGUACCUUUGGCAGCGAUUACAUCUGAGUGUUUCUGGGUAAGUCAAAUCAAAUCAAGCAUAUUUCAGACAUGUAAUGCAACGCAAUGUGCUUUACAGGAAUAAACAAAUAAAAAACAAGAAAUAUUUACUACACAACAAACAUAGGACAAAAAACAAAAGAAUGACAAACUGAACAACUAAAAAGCACCCUGAGGAAAAGAAAAGCUGAAAAGGUGUGUCUUAAGAUCGCUUUUAAAUAUGUCUACAGUUUCAGCCCCCCUCAGCUUCUCUGGCAGGCUAUUCCAGAGGCUGGGGGCAUAGUAACUAAAGGCUGCGUCUCCAUGCCUCUUGGUCCUAGGCUUUGGGAUAGUUAAAAGGCCAAUGCCAGAGGACCUGAGUGUCACGACUUCUGCCAAGGCUGCCUCCCCUCCAUGUUCGGGCAGGCUUCGGCGUUCGUCGUCACCGGCUUACAAGCCACUGCCGCUCCAUAUAUCAUCAUUCCAUUUGUCUUGUCUUGUCAAUUACACACACCUGGUUCUUAUCCCCUCAUUAGUCUGUGUAUAAGUGUUCCCUCUUCCCCCCUUGUCCUUGUGGGUGAUUGUUUAUUGUUAGAGUAGUGUAGCUCGGUGGAGCUACUCGCCCUUUGUAUUGCCGGGGUAGAUAGUUUCCCCUGUGCCUGUAUAUUGUUGGAAUAUCCCGUACCAUGUAUUGCCAGGGUAGAUAGUUUCCCCUGUGCCUGUAUAUUGUUGGAAUAUCCCGUACCAUGUAUUGCCAGGGUAGAUAGUUUCCCCUGUGCCUGUUUCCGUGUGUCGCUAUCCAGCGCAAUUGUGUACGACGGAAUAAACUCUGUAUUCGGUGAUUUACCCUCCUGCGCCUGACUCCUUCUAAUCACACUCAUCAAAGAAUCACCCACCCGCAAUGGAGUCAGCGGGAGAGGAGCGCAUGCCUGGAGUCGUAGCACGGGUCCAGGAGCAUUCAACGAUGCUGACCAGCUUGGGGGAAGCGAUGGAACGGGUUCUUCAGGUCGUCCAAUGCCUGGAGAGGAGAGGACCUGAUCUGUCGAGACCAGCUGGCCAACCGGAUCCAGCCACCUACACCCCAGCACCCGGAGGGAUCCAGAUAUCCCGACCACGGGCGUUCGACGGGACGGCGGCGCUCUGCCAAUGAUUCCUCCUCCAACUGGAGAUCUACUUCUCCAGCAACAGGCCGGCCCCAUCGGAGCGGGAGAAGGUGUCCGUCCUCGUUUCCUGCCUCUCGGGGGAAAGCCCUGGAGUGGGCCAACACGGUUUGGAAUGAAGGAGGAGCCGUGUUGGAGAACUACGGGGAGUUCGCUCGCCUCUUUCGGGCGGUCUUCGAUCACCCGCCCGAGGGUCGAGAGGCGGGCGAGCGGCUGGUCCAUCUGAGGCAGGGGACGAGGACCGCGCAGGACUUCGCGUUGGAGUUUCGGACUCUUGCAGCGGGGUCCAGGUGGAACGAGCGGGCCCUGAUCGACCAUUUCCGGUACCAUCUGUGGGAGGAUGUCCGACAGGAGCUAGCCUGCCGGGACACCAUGUUGUCUUUCAUGCAACUGGUGGACAUGGCCAUCCGUUUGGACACCCUGCUGGCAGCCAGAGGAAGUCUCUGUAGCGGUCUGCCCGCUUCCACCCUGGAUGACUCGGAUCCCGAGCUGAUGGAGCUGGGUGGAGCCGCCAUCUGAGAGAGCGGAGGACGACAGCGACAGCGCCACUCUGGUGGCACGAAGGGACAGUACACCACACAUAGUUGUCAACGCUCUUUUGGGUCUGGAGGCGGCAGGCAGGGCACUCUCGCAUCACCCCAGGUAUCGAACACCCACACUCGUUCAGAGCCCUCUGCUGCGCACUGUACCCUACCUAUCUACUUUCCCGACCACAUGGUAGUUCCCCAGUGUAAGGUGCUAGUCGAUUCAGGCGCAGCUGGGAACUUUAUGGAUGGGGCAUUCUCACGCCGUCAAGGCAUUUCAUUGGUUCCCCUGUCCAUUCCACUCCCCAUCAGAGCACUUGAUGGUCGACCAUUAGGGUCUGGGUUUGUUAAGGAAGUUACUGUACCAGUCACAAUGAUCACCCAGGAGACUCAUUGUGAGCAGGUUACUUUUUCUAUUAUUGAAUCUCCUGCUUUCCCUGUGGUAUUAGGUAUCCCUUGGCUAGCACUCCACACCCCCACCUUCUCAUGGCCGCAGAGGGUUCCCACGGGGUGGCCGCGAGAGUGUCAGGGUAGGUGUCUGGGUAUUUCCGUUGGUGCAACCACGGUGGAAAGUCCAGACCCCCGAAUACCUCGAUCUGGCGCACGCGUUGUAUAAGACGCAUGCGACAAAAUUACCACUUCAUCGGGCGCGAUAAACCUUCGGGUAGACGCUGUACCUCCCAGGAGUCAUGUGUACCCCCUGUCGCAGGCUGAAACGGAGGCUAUGGUAACAUACGUCACCGAGUCCCUGGGCCAGGGGUAUACAGUGGGGAAAAAAAGUAUUUAGUCAGCCACCAAUUGUGCAAGUUCUCCCACUUAAAAAGAUGAGAGAGGCCUGUAAUUUUCAUCAUAGGUACACGUCAACUAUGACAGACAAAUUGAGAAAAAAAAAUCCAGAAAAUCACAUUGUAGGAUUUUUUAUGAAUUUAUUUGCAAAUUAUGGUGGAAAAUAAGUAUUUGGUCACCUACAAAGAAGCAACAUUUCUGGCUCUCACAGACCUGUAACUUCUUCUUUAAGAGGCUCCUCUGUCCUCCACUCGUUACCUGUAUUAAUGGCACCUGUUUGAACUUGUUAACAGUAUAAAAGACACCUGUCCACAACCUCAAACAGUCACACUCCAAACUCCACUAUGGCCAAGACCAAAGAGCUGUCAAAGGACACCAGAAACAAAAUUGUAGACCUGCACCAGGCUGGGAAGACUGAAUCUGCAAUAGGUAAGCAGCUUGGUUUGAAUAAAUCAACUGUGGGAGCAAUUAUUAGGAAAUGGAAGACAUACAAGACCACUGAUAAUCUCCCUCGAUCUGGGGCUCCACGCAAGAUCUCACCCCGUGGGGUCAAAAUGAUCACAAGAACGGUGAGCAAAAAUCCCAGAACCACACGGGGGGACCUAGUGAAUGACCUGCAGAGAGCUGGGACCAAAGUAACAAAGCCUACCAUCAGUAACACACUACGCCGCCAGGGACUCAAAUCCUGCAGUGCCAGAUGUGUCCCCCUGCUUAAGCCAGUACAUGUCCAGGCCCGUCUGAAGUUUGCUAGAGUGCAUUUGGAUGAUCCAGAAGAGGAUUGGGAGAAUGUCAUAUGGUCAGAUGAAACCAAAAUAUAACUUUUUGGUAAAAACUCAACUCGUCGUGUUUGGAGGACAAAGAAUGCUGAGUUGCAUCCAAAGAACACCAUACCUACUGUGAAGCAUGGGGGUGGAAACAUCAUGCUUUGGGGCUGUUUUUCUGCAAAGGGACCAGGACGACUGAUCCGUGUAAAGGAAAGAAUGAAUGGGGUCAUGUAUCAUGAGAUUUUGAGUGAAAACCUCCUUCCAUCAGCAAGGGCAUUGAAGAUGAAAUGUGGCUGGGUCUUUCAGCAUGACAAUGAUCCCAAACACACCACCCGGGCAACGAAGGAGUGGCUUCGUAAGAAGCAUUUCAAGGUCCUGGAGUGGCCUAGCCAGUCUCCAGAUCUCAACCCCAUAGAAAAUCUUUGGAGGGAGUUGAAAGUCUGUGUUGCCCAGCGACAGCCCCAAAACAUCACUGCUCUAGAGGAGAUCUGCAUGGAGGAAUGGGCCCAAAUACCAGCAACAGUGUGUGAAAACCUUGUGAAGACUUACAGAAAACGUUUGACCUGUGUCAUUGCCAACAAAGGGUAUAUAACAAAGUAUUGAGAAACUUUUGUUAUUGACCAAAUACUUAUUUUCCACCAUAAUUUGCAAAUAAAUUCAUUAAAAAUCCUACAAUGUGAUUUUCUGGAUUUCUUUUUCUCAUUUUGUCUGUCAUAGUUGACGUGUACCUAUGAUGAAAAUUACAGGCCUCUCUCAUCUUUUUAAGUGGGAGAACUUGCACAAUUGGUGGCUGACUAAAUACUUUUUUUCCCCACCGUAUACCUCCCUCCACUUCACCCGCCUCCUCGAGUUUCUUCGUUGUGAAGAAGAAAGACGGUGGUCUGCGCCAGUGCAUUGAUUAUCAAUCACUGAACAAGUAGACGAUAAGAUUUAGUUAUCCUCUCCCCCUCAUUCCUUCAGUGAUUGAGUCAAUGCAUGGGGCGCGCUUCUUCACCAAAUUAGAUCUCAGGAGUGCAUACAACCUGGUGCGUGUUCGGGAGGGGGAUGAGUGGAAGGAGCAUUCUGCACAACCACAGGGCAUUAUGAAUACCUUGUCACGCCCUGGCCUUGAGAGGCCGGUUGUCUUUAGUUGGUUUGGUCAGGGCGUGAGGAUCUAUGUUAGUAUUUCUAUGUUUAGGAUCUAGAUGUGUAUUUUCUAGGUUUGGCCGGGUGUGAUUCCCAAUCAGAGGCAGCUGUCGCUCGUUGUCUCUGAUUGGGGAUCAUACUGUAGUAGCCUGGUUGCCUACCUUAGUUGUGGGAUCUUGUUCCGUGUUUCGGCUUGUAUGUGUAUAGCCUGAGGACGUCACGUUACGUUGUUUUUUGUUUUGUUUAUGUUUACUGAGUUUAAUAAACAUGUUCGCAUACCACGCUGCACCUUGGUCUGACCCAUCUCUCAACGUUCGUGACAUACCUGGUGAUGCCCUAUGGUUUGAUGAAUGCUCCAUCCGUCUUCCAGUCCUUUGUGAACGAGGUGUUUCGGGACAUGCUUGGUCGCGGUGUGGUGGUCUACACUGAUGACAUCCUGGUGUAUUCUGCUACGCGCUCUGAGCAUGUGUGCCUGGUUCGCAAAGUGCUGGACCGACUGUUGGAAAAUGACCUUCAUGCCAAGGCCGAGAAGUGUAUGUUUUUCCAACAGUCCGUCUCCUUCCUCGGAUACCGCAUUACCACCUCAGGUGUGGAGAUGGAGGGAGAUCGCAUUUCAGCCGUGCGUAAUUGGCCGACUCCAACCACGGUUAAGGAGGUGCAGUGCUUCCUUGGCUUCACCAACUACUAUCCGAGGGAUCUACUGGGUAUAUAACAUGAAUGCACGUCUGACAUGUAUUGUGGAUUGAUCUAAAAACCAAUCGAAGAAUCUUAAAAUGAAUUCUAAAACUCACAGGCAGCCAGUGCAGAGACCUUAAAACCGGUGUAAUGUGUGCUCUCCGUCUGGUCUUGGUCAGUACCCGUGCUGCAGCAUUCUGUAUGUUUUGCGGUUGACCAAUGGCUUUCUUGGGUAGACCAGACAGGAGAGCAUUACAGUGGUCAAGCCUGCUUGUAAUAAAAGCAUGGAUGAGUCUCUCUGUAUCAGCCUGAGAUAUAAACGGCCGCACCUUGGCAAUGUUCCUCAGGUGGUAAAAAGCUGUUUUGGUCACAUUCCUAAUGUGUGAUGAGAAAUUUAGUUCAAAAUCUAAAAGAACACAUGUUUUUUUAGCUGGUGUUUUAUCUUUAUUGCCCGUGAAUUAAAAUGUGCGUCCAGAUUCUCUCUCUGUGCUUUGGCUCCAACAAUAAGUACCUCGGUCUUGUCUUGAUUUAGCUGGAGGAAGUUAUGAGCCAUCCAAGUAUUUAAAUCACUAAUACAGUCUAAUAAUUUAUCUGUGGAACUAAAAUCCUCUGGCGACACAGAAAUGUAAAGUUGUGUAUCGUCUGAGUAGCAGUGAAAAUCAAUGCUGUGCUUUCUGAUAACGCUGCCAAGGCAUAACAUAUAUAAACUGAACAGUACCGGACCCAAAAUCUAACCUUGUGGAACAUCACAUGUGAUAUGUAUUUUCUCUGAGUUAUGUUCACCAAGGGUGACAAAAAACUCUGGACCGGUUAAAUAGGUCCUAAACCAAUUUAGAACUGGACCGGAGAGGCCAACCCACCUCUCCAGUCUGUCCAGAAGGACAUCUUGGUCAACAGAGGCCAACCCACCUCUCCAGUCUGUCCAGAAGGACAUCAUGGUCAACAGAGGCCAACCCACCUCUCCAGUCUGUCCAGAAGGACAUCAUGGUCAACAGAGGCCAACCCACCUCUCCAGUCUGUCCAGAAGGACAUCAUGGUCAACAGAGGCCAACCCACCUCUCCAGUCUGUCCAGAAGGACAUCAUGGUCAACAGAGGCCAACCCACCUCUCCUGUCUGUCCAGAAGGACAUCAUGGUCAACAGAGGCCAACCCACCUCUCCGGUCUGUCCAGAAGGACAUCAUGGUCAACAGAGGCCAACCCACCUCUCCAGUCUGUCCAGAAGAACAUCAUGGUUAACAGAGUUGAACGCAUCACUUAAAUCUAAGAGUACAAGGACAGAGAGCUGUUUGGCAUCUGUGUUGGCUCUGAGAUCAUUUACCACUUCAACUAGGGCUGUCUCUGUGCUGUGGUGGGCACCAAAACCAGAUUGGAAUUUUUCUAAAAUACAGUUGUCACUUAAACAAUAAUUUUGCUGUUUGAACAGUGCAGUGGGUAAAGUGCCUGAGAACAGGGAGUGAUUAACAGUACUCACAGUUCAUUAUGUUUUAGUCUACCCAGGGUACACUGUGCUACGGUAUAGUAAGGUGCUCAGAGUUCAUUAUGUUCAAGUUCCGCCAGGGAAAAGGGAGUAGUUCGAAAUAGCCUGAGUGCCAGUCUGUUCGAGCUAUCAUGCAAACUAUGACAGCAAUGGAGUUGGCAAAGCACAAACAGAUGUGGGACCAGGCUAAGUUUGAAGUACCUCAGAGAUGUAGGCUAGCCUAUGAAAAUAAAGUGUGAAAGGAAAAGUGGGUGCAGGGAGAAGGAGGAAAGAAGUAGAGCAGCUGGCAGUGAUUAGUGGCCAUUAAAUGGUGUUAACUUGGGCCUACCACUGGUCAUAAAGCUGAAGGGUAAUUAGCUCACAGGUCGCUUCAGCAGUGAAAUGAAUAUGCCAGAGUAACGUUCCUGGUCUCAUGACAGCUAAUGAAGGUCAGAGAGCGUAGCAGCUAGCUGGGCUGGCUACACUAUAGGGCCUACAGUAUGUAACUGGCUACACUAUAGGGCCUACAGUAUGUAACUGGCUACACUAUAGGGCCUACAGUAUGUAACUGGCUACACUACACUAUAGGGCCUACGUAAUGUAACUGUCUCACACUAACUGGCUGCUACACUAUAGGGCCUACAGUAUGUAACUGGCUACACUAUGGGCCUACAGUAUGUUGCUCUGGCUACACUAUAGGGCCUACAGUAUGUAACUGGCUACACUAUAGGGCCUACACCUGUAUAGGUCUCUGGCUACACUAUAGGGCCUACAGUAUAGGUACUUGUACUGGCUACACUAUAGGGCCUACAGUAUGUAACUGGCUACUACUAAUGGCUACACUAUAGGGCUACAGUUACUGGCUACACUAUAGGGGGCCUACACAGUAUAUGUACUGGCUAACUGGGCUACAUAGAACGGCCUCACAGUACAUAUGUAACUGGCUACACUAUAGGGCCUACAUACUGUAACUAGGCCUACACACUAUAGGGCCUACAGUAUGUAACUGGCUACACUAUAGGGCCACAGUAUGUAACUGGCUACACAUAGGGCCUACAGUCUAGUAACUGGCUACACUAUGGGCCUACAGUAUGUUAACUGGUACACUAUAGGGCCUACAGUAUGUAAAAUGGCUACACUAUAGGGCCUACAGUAUGUAAGGUACCCCUAUUAGGGCCUACAGUAUGUAACUGGCUACACUAUAGGGCCUACAGUAUGUAAUGGCUACACUAUAGGGGCCCACAGUAUGUAACUGGCUACACUAUAGGGCCUACAGUAUGUAACUGGCUACACUAUAGGGCCUACAGUAUGUUAACUGGCUACACUAUAGGGCCUACAGUAUGUAACUGGCUACACUAUAGGGCCUACAGUAUGUAACUGGCUACACUAUAGGGCCUACAGAUGUAACUGGCUACACUAUAGGGCCUACAGUAUGUGGCUGGCUACACUAUAGGGCCUACAGUAUUUAAAAUGGCUACACUAUAGGCCCACGUAUGUAAUGGCUACACUAUAGGGCCUACAGUAGUAAAAUGGCUACACUAUAGGCCUACAGUAUGUAAAAUGGCUACACUAUAGGGCCUAUAGUAUGUACUGGCUACAUUUUAGGGCUACAGUAUGUAACUGGCUACACUAUAGGGCCUACAGUAUGUAACUGGCUACAUAGACUAUAGGGCCUACAGUAUGUAAAUGGAUACACUUUGGGCCUACAGUAGUAACUGGCUACACUAUAGGCUACGUAUGUAACUGGCUUUCACUAUAGGCUACAGUAUGUAAAUGGCUUUCACUAUAGGCCUUUUCAGUAUGUACUGGCUUUCCUAGACUUAGGGCCUACAGUAUGUAAAUGGCUACAUACACUAGGGCCUACAGUAUGUAAAAACUGGCUACACUAUAGGGCCUACAGUAUGUAACUGGCUACACUAGACUAUAGGGCCUACAGUAUGUAACUGGUACAUUUGGCUACAGUUGUAACUGGCUACACUAUAGGGCCUCAGUAUGUAACUGGGUACACUAUAGGGCCUACAGUAGUAAAUGGUACACUAUAGGGCCCACAGUAUGUACUGGUACAUACACUAAGGGCCUACAGUAUGUAACUGGCUACACAACUUAGGGCCUACAGUAUGUAACUGGCUACACUAUAGGGCCUACAGUAUGUAACUGGCUACCUAUAGGGCCUAAAAGUAUGGAACUGGCUACACUAAGGGGCCCACAGUAUGUAACUGGCUACACUAUAGGGCCUACAGUAUGUAAUGGCUACACUACACUAUAGGGCCUACGUAUGUAACUGGCUACACUAUAGGGCCUACAGUAUGUAACUGGCUACACUAGGGCAUAGGGCCUACGUAUGUAAAUGGCUACACUAUAGGCCUACAGUAUGUAAUGGCUACAUAUAGGCCUACAGUAAUGUAACUGGCUACACUAUAGGGCCUACAGUAUGUAACUGGCUACACUAUGGGCCUACAGUAUGUAAUGGCUUAAAACUAUAGGGCCUACAGUAUGUAACUGGCACUACACUAUAGGGCCUACAGUAGUUUAAAAUGGUACAUAUAGGGCCUACAGUAUGUAACUGGCUACACUAUAGGGCCUACAGUAUGUAACUGGCUACACUAGACUAAGGGGCUACAGUAUGUAACUGGAACUAGACUAUAGGGUCUACGAUGUAAUGGCUACAAUAGCUAUAGGGCCUACAGUAUGUAACUGGCUACACUAUAGGGCCUACAGUAUGUACUGGCUACACUAUAGGGGCCUACAGUAUGUAACUGGCUACACUAGGGCUAUAGGGCCUACAGUAUGUACACUGGCUAACUAUAGGGCCUACAGUAUGUAAAUGGCUACACUUAGGGCCUACAGUAUGUAACUGGCUACAUACACUAAGGGCCUACAGUAUGUAAUGGCUAGACUAUAGGGCCUACAGUAUGUAACUGGCUACACAGACUAUAGGGCCUAAGUAUGUAAAUGGCUACAUAUAGGGCCUACAGUAUGUAACUGGCUACAAUAUAGGGCCUACAGUAUGUAACUGGCUACCCCUAUAGGGCCUACAGUAUGUCACUGGCUAACCUAUAGGGCCACAGUAUGUAACUGGCUACACUAUAGGGCCUACAGUAUGUAACUGGUACACUAUAGGGCCUACAGUAUGUAACUGGCUACACCCCUUAGGGCCUACCCGUAUGAACGGUACACUAUAGGGCCUACGUAUGUAACUGGCUAAAUACACUAUAGGGCUACGUUUUAUGGUCACUAGGGCCUUUCAGUAUGUAACUGGCUACACUAUAGGGCCUACAGUAUGUAAUGGCUACACUAAGGGCCUACAGUAUGUUAACUGGGUACCUGGGCUAUAGGGCCUACAGUAUGUAACUGGCUACACUAUAGGGCCUACAGUAUGUAACUGGCUACACUAUAGGGCCUACAGUAUGUAACUGGCUACACUAUAGGGCCUACAGUAUGUAACUGGCUACACUAUAGGGCCUACAGUAUGUAACUGGCUACACUACACUAUAGGGCCUACAGUAUGUAACUGGCUAACUAUAGGGCCUCCCGUAUGUAACUGGCUACACUAUAGGGCCUACAGAUGUAAUGGCUACACUAUAGGGCCUACAGUAUGUAACUGGCUACACUAUAGGGCCUAGAGUAUGUAACUGGCUACACUAUAGGGCCUACAGUAUGUAACUGGCUACACUACACUAUAGGGCCUACAGUAUGUAACUGGUACAUAUAGGGCCUACAGUAUGUGGCUGGCUACCCCUAUAGGGCCUACAGAUGUAAUGGCUACACUAUAGGGCCUACAGUAUGUAAUGGCUACACUAUAGGGCCUACGUAUGUAACUGCUACACUAUAGGGCCUACAGUAGUAAUGGCUACACUACACUAUAGGGGCCCACCGUAUUAACUGGCUACACUACACUAUAGGCCUACCUUUUGUAACUUUGGGUACACUAUAGGGCCUACAGUAUGUAACUGGUACACUAUAGGGCCUACGUAGUAAUGGCUUUCACUAUAGGGGCCCACAGUAUGUAACUGGCUACACUAUAGGGCCUACAGUAUGUAACUGGCUAAACUAUAGGGCUACAGUAUAAUGGCUAACUAUAGGGCAUACAGAGAAUGCUACACUAUAGGGCCUAGUAUGCAACUGGCUACACUAUAGGGCCUACAGAUGUAACAUGGCUACCCCUAUAGGGCCUACAGUAUGUAACUGGCUACAUACACUAUAGGGCCUACCGUAUGUAACUGGCUACACUAUAGGGGUACAGUAUGUAACUGUACACUAUAGGGCCUACAGUAUGUAACUGGCUACAAUAUAGGGGCCUACAGUAUGUAACUGGCUACACUUAGGGGCCCACAGUAUGUAACUGGCUACACAUAGGGGCCCACAGUAUGUAAAAUGGCUACACUAUAGGGCCUACAGUAUGUAACUGGCUACAUAGACUAUAGGGCCUACAGUAUGUAACUGGCUACACUAUAGGGCCUACAGUAGUAAUGGCUAACUAUAGGGCCUACAGUAUGUAAUUUGGGGACACUAUAGGGCCUACAGUAUGUAAAAUGGCUUUCAUAUAGGGCCUACAGUAUGUAACUGGCUACCACUAUAGGGCCUACGUAUGUAACUGGGGUACACUAUAGGGCCUACAUGUAAAAUGGCCACUAUAGGGCCAAGUAAACUGGGUACAUAUAGGGCCUACAGUAUGUAACUGGCUACACAUAGGGCCUACAGUAUGUAACUGGCUACACUAUAGGGCCCACAGUAUGUAAUGGCUACACUAACAUAGGGCCUACAGUAUGUAACUGGCACACAUAGGGCCUACAGUAUGUAAAAAUGGGUACACUAUAGGGCCUACAGUAGGUAACUGGCUACAUAUAGGGCCUACAGUAUGUAAUGGCUACAUUAUAGGGCCUACAGUAGUAACUGGCUACCCCUAUAGGGCCUACAGAUGUAAAUGGCUACACUAUAGGGCCCUACAGUAUGAAUGGCUACACUAUAGGGCCUACAGUAUGUAACUGGCUACCUACACUAUAGGGCCACAGUAUGUAACUGGCUACACUAUAGGGCCUACAGUAGUAAAAUGGUACACUAUAGGGCCCACAGUAGUAACUGGCUACACAUAGGGCCUACAGUAUGUAACUGGCUACAUAAUAUAGGGCCUACAGUAGUAACUGGCCACUACACAUAGGGCCUACAGUAUGUAACUGGCUAACCAAAUAUAGGGCCUACAGAGUAACUGGCUACAUAUAGGGCCUACAGUAUGUAACUGGCUACAUAUAGGGCUACAGUAUGUAACGGCUACACUACACUAUGGGCCUACAGUAUGUAACUGGCUACACUAUAGGGCCUACAGUAUGGUAACUGGCUACACAUAGGGCCUACAGUAUGUAACUGGCUACACUACCACUAUAGGGCCUACAGUAUGUAAAUGGCUACACUAGACUAUAGGGCCUACAGUAUGUAACUGGCACACUAUAGGGCCUACGUAUGUAACUGGCUACAUAUAGGGCCUUUCAGUAUGUAACUGGGUACACAUAGGACUACAGUAGUAACUGGCUACACUUUUAGGGCCUACAGUAUGUAACUGGCUACAUACAUAUAGGGCUACAGUAUGUAACUGGUCUACACUAUAGGGCCUACGUAUGUAACUGGCUACACUAUAGGGGCCCACAGUAUGUAACUGGCUACCCCCUAUAGGGCCUACAGUAUGUAAAAGGCUACACUAUAGGGCCUACAGUAUGUAACUGGCUACAUAUAGGGAUACGUAUGUAACUGGACAUACACUAUAGGGCCCACAGUAUGUACUGGCUACACUAUAGGGCCACAUUAUGAAUGGUACACUAUAGGGCCUACAGUAUGUAGGCUACACUAUAGGGCCUACAGUAUGUACUGGCUUACCAUAUAGGGCCCACAGUAUGUAACUGGCUCACUAUAGGGCCUACAGUAUGUAACUGGCUACACUAUAGGGCCUACAGUAUGUAACUGGCUACACUAUAGGGCCUACAGUAUGUAACUGGCUACACUAUAGGGCCUACAGUAUGUAACUGGCUACACUACACUAUAGGGCCUACAGUAUGUAACUGGCUACACUAUAGGGCCUACAGUAAUUUAAAUGGCUUACACUAUAGGGCCUACAGUAUGUAACUGGCUACACUAUAGGGCCUACAGUAUGUAAAUGGCUACAUACACCCAUAGGGCCUACAGUAUGUAACUGGCUAAAAACACUAUAGGGCCUACGUAUGUAACUGGCUACACUAUAGGGCCUACAGAUGUAACUGGCUACACUAUAGGGCCUACGUAUGUAACUGGCUACACUAUAGGCCCACAGAUGUAACUGGCUACACUAUGGCCUACAUAGUAACUGGCCUACACUAUAGGCCCACAUGAAUGGCUACACUAUAGGGCCUACAGUAUGUGACUGGCUUUCACUAUAGGGGCCCACAGUAUGUAACUGGCUACACUAUAGGCCUUUCAAGUAUGUUUACUGGCUACACUAUAGGGCCUACAGUAGUAACUGGCUACCUAUAGGGCCUACAGUAUGUCUGGCUACACUAUAGGGCCUACAGUAUGUAACUGGCUACACUAUAGGGCCUACAGUAUGUAACUGGCUACACUAGACUAUAGGGCCUACAGUAUGUUAACUGGCUACACUAUAGGGCCUACAGUAUGUAACUGGCUACACUAUAGGGGCCCACAGUAUGUAAAUGGCUACACAUAGGGCCUACAGUAUGUACUGGCUACACUAUAGGGCCCACAGUGUAACUGGCUACACUAUAGGGCCACAGUAUGUGACUGGCUACACUUUUAGGGCCUAAGUAUUAACUGGCUACACUAUAGGGCCCACAGUAUGUUUCCCCUGGCUACACUAGGGCCUACAGUAUGUAACUGGCUACACUAUAGGGCCUACAGUAUGUAAUGGCUACACUAUAGGGCCUACAGUAUGUAAAAGGCUACACUACACUAGGGCCUACAGUAGUUAACUGGGGUUCACUAUAGGGCCGCAGUAUGUAACUGGCUACACUUAGGGCCUCAGUAUGUAAUGGCUACACUAGACUAAGGGGCCCACCGUAUGUAACUGGCUACACUAUAGGGCCCUUUCAGUAUUUUAACUGGCUACACUAUAGGGCCUACAGAUGUAAAAUGGUACACUAUAGGGCCUACAGUAUGUUUAAAUGGCACUUACUAUAGGGCCUACAGUAUGUAACUGGCUACACUACACUAGGGCCUACAGUAUGUAAUGGCUAACUACACUAUAGGCCUACAGUAUGUAACUGGCUACACUAUAGGCCUACAGUAUGUAACUGGCCCCACUAUAGGGCCUACAGUAUGUAAAUGCUACAUAUAGGGGCCCACAGUAUGUAACUGGCUACCACUAUAGGGCCUACAGUAUGUAACUGUACCUAAAUAUGGGCCUACAUAUGUAAUGGUAAUAUGGGCUACAUUAUUAAUGGCUACACUAUAGGGCCUACAGUAUGUAACUGGCUACAUAUAGGGCCCACAGUAUGUGACUGGCUACACUAUAGGGCCUACAGUAUGUAACUGGGUAACAUAUGCCUACUAUGGAUGGCUACACAUAGGGCUAAAAGGUAUGUAACUGGCUAAACUAUAGGGCCUACAGUAUGUGACUUUGGGUACACUAGAGGGCCUACAGUAUGUAACUGGCUACACUAUAGGGCCUACAGUAUGUCUCUGGCUACACUAUAGGGCCUACAGUAUGUAACUGGCUACACUAUAGGGCCUACAGUAUUGUAACUGGCUACACUAGGGCUAUAGGGCCUACAGUAUGUAACUGGCUACACUAUAGGCCUACAGUAUGUAACGGCUACACUUAAAGGGGCCUACGUAUGUAACUGGCACACUAUAGGGCCUACAGUAUGUAACUCGCUACACUAUAGGGCCUACAGUAUGUAACUGGCUACACUAUAGGGCCUACAGUAUGUAACUGGCUACACUAUAGGGCCUACAGUAUGUAACUGGCUACACUAUAGGGCCUACAGUAUUUAAAUGGCUACACUACACUAUAGGGCCUACAGUAUGUAAAAGGGCUACACUUUGGGCCUACGUAUGUAACUGGCUACACUAUGGGCUACAGUAUGUAACUGGACACUAACUAUAGGGCCUACAGUAUGUAACUGGCUACACUACACUAUAGGGUCUACAGUAUGUAACUGGCUACACUAUAGGGCCUACAGUAUGUGGCUGGCUACACUAUAGGGCAUACAGUAUGUGACUGGCUACACUAUAGGGCCUACAGUAUGUAACUGGCUACACUAUAGGGCCUACAGUAUGUAACUGGCUACACUAGAUAUGGGCCUACAGUAUUUUAAACUGGCUACACUAUAGGGCCUAACAGUAUGUAACGGGGUACCCCUAUAGGGCCUACAGUAUGGUGGCUGCUACAUAUAGGCCUACAGUAUGUAACUGGCUACACUAUAGGGCCUACAGUAUGUAACUGGCUACACUAUAGGGCCUACAGUAUGUAACUGGCUACACUACACUAUAGGGCCUACAGUAUGUAACUGGCUACACUACACUAUAGGGCCUACAGUAUGUAACUGGCUACACUAUAGGGCCUACAGUAUGUAACUGGCUACACUAUAGGGCCUACAGUAUGUAACUGGCUACACUACACUAUAGGGCCUACAGUAUGUAACUGGCUACACUAUAGGGCCUACAGUAUGUAACUGGCUACACUAUAGGGCCUACAGUAUGUAACUGGCUACACUAUAGGGCCUACAGUAUGUAACUGGCUACACUAUAGGGCCUACAGUUAUGUAACUGGCUACAACUAUAGGGCCUACAGUAUGUAACUGGCUACACUAUAGGGCCUACAGUAUGUAAUGGCUACACUAUAGGGCCUACAGUAUGUAACUGGCUACACUAUAGGGCCUACAGUAUGUAACUGGCUACACUACACUAUAGGGCCUACAGGGAUGUAACUGGCUACACUAUAGGGCCACAGUAUGUAACUGGCUACACAUAGGGCCUACAGUAUGUAACUGGCUACACUAUAGGCCUACAGUAUGGGAACUGGCUUUCACUAUAGGGCCUACAGUAUGUAAUGGCUACACUAUAGGGCCUACAGUAUGUAAACUGGCCACUACACUAUAGGGCCUACAGUAUGUAACUGGCUACACUAUAGGGCCUACAGUAUGUAACUGGCUACACUAUAGGGCCUACAGUAUGUAACUGGCUACACUAGACUAUAGGGUCUACAGUAUGUAACUGGCUUUCACUGACUAAGGGUCUACAGUAUGUAACUGGCUACAUAACUAUAGGCCUACAGUAGAACUUGGGUACACUAUAGGGCCUACCUAUGUACUGGCUACUAUAGGGCCUACAGUAUGGACUGGCUACCCCUAAGGGCCUACAGUAUGUAACUGGCUACACUAUAGGGCCUACAGUAUGUAACUGGGGUACAUAUAGGGCCUACAGUAUGUGAAAUGGCUACAUAUAGGGCCUACAGUAUGUAACUGGCUACACUAUAGGGCCUACAGUAUGUAACUGGCUAACUAGACAUAGGCCACAUAUGUAACUGGCACCUAGGGCCUACCGUAUGUGACUGGGGUACACUAUAGGGCCUACAGUAUGUAAUGGCUACACUAUAGGGGCCCACAGUAUGAACUGGCUACACUAGACUAUAGGGCCUACAGUAUGUAACUGGCUACACUAUAGGGCCUACAGUAUGUAACUGGCUACACUAGACUAUAGGGCCUACAGUAUGUAACUGGCUACACUAUAGGGCCUACAGUAUGUAACUGGCUACACUAUAGGGCCUACAGUAUGUAACUGGCUACACUAUAGGGCCUACAGUAGUAAACGGCUACCCCUGACUUAGGGCCUACAGUAUGUAACUGGUCAUACGGCUACAGUAUGUUGGUAAAAUAGGCCUAAGUUGUAACUGGCUAACCCUUUGGGCCUAAGUAUGUAACUGGCUUUAAAAUUUUAGGGCCUACAGUAUGUGACUGGCUACACUAUAGGGCCUACAGUAUGUAACUGGCUACACUAUAGGGCCUACAGUAUGUAACUGGCUACACUAGACUAUAGGGCCUACAGUGUAAUGGUACACUCAGGGCCCACAUAUGUAAAGGCUACACAUAGGGCCCACAGUAUGUAACUGGCUACACUAUAGGGCCUACAGUAUGUAACUGGCUACACUAUAGGGCCUACAGUAUGUAACUGGCUACACUAGACUAUAGGGCCUACAGUAUGUAACUGGCUACACUAUAGGGCCUACAGUAUGUGACUGGCUACACUAUAGGGCCUACAGUAUGUAACUGGCUACACUAUAGGGUCUACAGUAUGUAACUGGCUACACUAGACUAGGGCCUACAGUAUGUAACUGGCUACACUAUAGGGCCUACAGUAUGUAACUGGCUACACUACACUAUAGGGCCUACAGUAUGUAACUGGCUACACUAUAGGGCCUACAGUAUGUAACUGGCUACACUAUAGGGCCUACAGUAUGUGACUGGCUACACUAUAGGGCCUACCCGAUGUAAUGGCUACAUAAUAGGGCCUACGUAUGUAACUGGUACCUACACUAUUUGGGCCUACAGUAUGUAACUGGCUACACUAUAGGGCCUACAGUAUGUAACUGGCUACACUAUAGGGCUACAGUAUGUAACUGGCUACACUAGACUAUAGGGCCUACAGUAUGUAACUGGCUACACUACACUAUAGGGCCUACAGUAUGUAACUGGCUACACUAUAGGGCCUACAGUAUGUAACUGGCUACACUAUAGGGCCUACAGUAUGUAACUGGCUACACUAUAGGGCCUACAGUAUGUAACUGGCUACACUACACUAUAGGGCCUACAGUAUGUAACUGGCUACACUAUAGGGCCUACAGUAUGUAACUGGCUACCUAUAGGGCCUACAGAUGGGAACUGGUACACUAUAGGGCCCCACAGUAUGUAACUGGCUACACACACUAUAGGGCCUACAGUAUGUAAGGUACACUUAGGGCCCACAGUAUGUAAUGGCCACUAUAGGGCCUACAGUAUGUAAAUGGCUACACUUUGGGCCUACCCGUAUGUAACUGGCUACACAUAGGGCCUACAGUAUGUACUGGCACACUAUAGGGCCUACAUAUGUAACUGGCUACACUACACUAUAGGGCCCCACAGUAUGUAACUGGCUACCCUAAGGGCCUACAGUUGUAAAAUGGCUACACUAUAGGGGCCCACAGUAUGUAAAUGGCUACACUAGACUAUAGGGUCUACAGUUGUAACUGGCUAACUAGACUAUAGGGUCUACAGUUGUAACUGGCUACACUAACUAUAGGGCCACAGUAUGUAACUGGCUACACUAUAGGGCCUACAGUAUGUAACUGGCUACACUAUAGGGGCCCACAGUAUGUGACUGGUACACAUAGGGCCUACAGUAUGUAAUGGCUACCCCUAUAGGGCCCACAGUAUGUAACUGGCUACAUAUAGGGCCCACAGUAUGUGAACUGGCUACACAUAGGGCCUACAGUAUGUAAUGGCUAAAUAUAGGGCCUACCGUAUGUAACUGGCACACUAGACUAUAGGGCUACAGUAUGUUAACUGGCUACACUAUAGGGCCCACAGUAUGUGACUGGGUACACUAUAGGGCUACAGUAUGUAAUGGCUACCCUAUAGGGCUACAGUAUGUAAAAUGCUACACUAGACUUAGGGGCCUACAGUAUGUAACUGGCUACACUAUAGGGCCUACAGUAUGUAACUGGCUACACUAUAGGGCCUACAGUAUGUAACUGGCUACACUAUAGGGCCUACAGUAUGUAACUGGGACACUAUAGGGGUACAAUAGUAACUGGCUACCUAUAGGCCACAGUAGUAAAUGGCUACACAUAGGGCCUACAGUAUGUAAGGUACACUAUAGGGCCUCAGAUGUAAAUGGCUACACUAUAGGGCUACAGUAGUAACUGGCACACUACACUAUAGGGCCUACAGUAUGUAACUGGUACAAAAGGCCUACAGUAGUAACGGCUACACUAUAGGGCCACAGUAUGUAACUGGCUACACUAUAGGGCCUACAGUAUGUAACUGGCUACCCCUAUAGGGCCUACAGUAUGUAACUGGCUACAAGACUAUAGGGCCACAGUAUGUAAAAAAGGCUACACUAUAGGGCCUACAGUAUGUGACUGGCUACACUAUAGGGCCUACAGUAUGUAACUGGCUACACUAUAGGGCCUACAGUAUGUAACUGGCUACACUAGACUAUAGGGCCUACAGUAUGUAACUGGCUACACUACACUAUAGGGCCUACAGUAUGUAAAUGGCUACACUAUAGGGCCUACCGUAUGUAACUGGCUAACUAUAGGGCUACAGUAUGUAACUGGCUACACUAUAGGGCUACAGUAGUAACGGCACCCAUAGGGCCUACAGUAUGUAAUGGCUACACUAACUAUAGGGCCUCAGUAUGUAACUGGCUACACUAUAGGGCCUACAGUAUGUAACUGGUACACUAUAGGGCCUACAGUAUGUACUGGCUACACUAAAAGGGCCUACAAUAUGUAACUGGCUACACUAUAGGGCCUACAGUAUGUAACUGGCUACACUAUAGGGCCUACAGUAUGUAACUGGCUACACUAUAGGGCCUACAGUAUGUAACUGGCUACACUAUAGGGCCUACAGUAUGUAACUGGCUACACUAGACUAUAGGGCCUACAGUAUGUAACUGGCUACCACUAUAGGGCCUACAGUAUGUAACUGGCUACACUACACUAUAGGGCCUACAGUAUGUAACUGGCUACACUAUAGGGCCUACAGUAUGUAACUGGCUACACUAUAGGGCCUACAGUAUGUAACUGGCUACACUAGACUAUAGGGCCUACAGUAUGUAACUGGCUACACUAUAGGGCCUACAGUAUGUAACUGGCUACACUAUAGGGCCUACAGUAUGUAACUGGCUACACUAUAGGGCCUACAGUAUGUAACUGGCUACACUACAGGGCCUACAGUAUGUAACUGGCUACACUAUAGGGCCUACAGUAUGUAACUGGCUAGACUAUAGGGCCUACAGUAUGUAACUGGCUUUCACUAUAGGGCCUACAGUAUGUAACUGGCUACACUAUAGGGCCUACAGUAGUAAAUGGCUACCCCUAUAGGGCCUACAGUAUGUAACUGGCUACACUACAGGGCCUUGUGGAGGAGCCUUAUGUUGGUCUUGUAGACGGGUCUUAUCAAAGACUUCAGUAGUGAGAUAAUUAGGAAGACAUCUUUUCCGAGGAUUACAGUAGUGAUAUUUUUCAGACACUCUUACCAGAGAGGGCUACAGUAGAAGUCAUUUAUCAGACCUGUAUCGAGAGAAUUACAGUAUGAGUCAUUUAUCAGCGCUCUAUCCAGGAGACUUAAGUAGUGAGUCAUUUUUCAGCGCUCUUUUCAGAGGACUUACAGUGUGAGUCAUUUAGAGCUCUUUUCCAGAGAGACUUUCAGUUUGUGAGUAUUAUCAGACGCUUAUCAGAGAGACUACAGUAGUGAGUCAUUAUCAAGCUUAUCACAGAGGACUUAAGUAGUGAGUCAUUAUCAGACACUCUUAUCCAGAGAGACUUACCAGUUUAGUGAAGUAAUUUAUCAGACGCCUCUUAAUCCAGAGAGACUUACACGUAGUGAGUCAUUUAGCAGCGCUCUUAUCCAGAGGACUUACAGUAGUGAGUCAUUUAUCAGACCACUUCUUAUUAUCAGAGAGACUUACAAGUAGUGGGUCAUUUUAGCGACGCUCUUAUCCAGAGGAGGACUUACAGUAGUGAGUCAUUUAUCAGACACUCUUAUCCAGAGAGAGACUUACAGUAGUGAGGUCCAUUUAUCAGCCGCUCUUAUUCCAGAGAGGACUUUACAGUAGUGAGUCAUUUAUCGGACGCUCUUAUCCAGACGAGGGACUUUACAGUAGUGGAGUCAUUUAGCAGACGCUUCUAUCCAGAGGAGGACUUACAGUAGUGAGUCAUUUAUUCAGGACACUCUUAUCCAGGAGAGACCUACAGUAGUUGAGGUCAUUUAUCAGACGAUCUUAUCCCAAGAGGAGGACUUUACAGUAGUGAGUCAUUUAUCAGACGCUCUUAUCCAGAGAGACUUACAGUAGUGAGUCAUUUAUGCAGACGCUCUUAUCCAGAGAUUGUUACAGUAGAGAGUCAUUUAUCAGAUGCUCUUAUCCAGAGAGACUUACAGUAGUGAGUCAUUUAUCAGACGCUCUUAUCCAGAGAGACUUACAGUUAGUGAGUCAUUUAUCAGACGCUCUUAUCCAGAGAGACUUACAGUUAGUGAGUCAUUUAUCAUACGCUCUUAUCCAGAGAGACUUACAGUAGUGAGUCAUUUAUCAGACACUCUUAUCCAGAGAGACUUACAGUUAGUGAGUCAUUUAUCAGACGCUCUUAUCCAGAGAGACUUACAGUAGUGAGUCAUUUAUCAGACGCUCUUAUCCAGAGAGACUUACAGUAGUGAGUCAUUUAUCAGACGCUCUUAUCCAGAGAAACUUACAGUAGUGAGUCAUUUAGCAGACGCUCUUAUCCAGAGAGACUUACAGUAGUGAGUCAUUUAGCAGACGCUCUUAUCCAGAGAGACUUACAGUAGUGAGUCAUUUAGCAGACGCUCUUAUCCAGAGAGACGUACCUUAGUCUGCUAAAUGACUCACUAAGGUAAGUCUCUCUGGAGAAGAGUGUCUGCCCCCCUUUGAUUGAGAUGUUCGAUGAGCAGGUGUCCACAUACUUUUGGUCAUGUAGUUUGUAUACCUCAAUUACCUCGUACCCCUGCACAUCGACUCGGUCCUGGUACCCCUUGUAUAUAGCCAAGUUAUCGUUACUCAUUGUGUAUUUAUUAUUCAUGUUAUUAUUACGUGUUUUAAUGUUCUAUUAUUUCUCUAUUUUCUUUCUCUCUGUAUUGUUGGGAACGGCCCUUCAGUAAACAUUUCACUGUUAGUCUACACCUGUUGGUUAUGAAACAUGUGACAAACACAAUUUGAUUUGUAAUACUACUAAUACUGUUUUUUAUCAAGGCCUAUUAUAAUCUAAUACUGUUUUUAUCAAGUCCUAUAGACCUUAUAAUGUAAUACUCAGAAAGAAGGAGAGAUAUUGUCUGUCUACUAAAGACCCUCUGACACUCUCGGUCGCAGAAUUAAUCAGUUCUACAUGAUGGCUGCUCAAAUUGCCCUGGAUGAUGUUGCCACGUAUUCAUCGCUGCGUCUUGUCUGAGACGACGGUGUCAUUAGACCCCAAUUCCCUGGAGCAUUCUCCUCAAGAUGCAGACUGCUUACUGACGCAAUUAAGGGCAGAGAAGAAAGAGUGUGUCCUUAAUGUUACAAAACAUUAGCUACACCUUCCUAAUAUUGAGUUGCACCCCCUUUUUCCCUCAGAACAGCCUCAAUUCGUCUGGGCAUGGACUCUACAAGGUGUCGAAAGCAGUCCACAGGGACAUGGACUCUAGAAGGUGUCGAAAGAGUUCCACAGGGAUGCUGGCCCAUGUUGACUCCAAUGCUUCCCACAGUUGUGUCAAGUUGGCUGGAUGUCCUUUGUGUGGUGGACCAUUCCAAAAUUAUUAUUAUUAUUUAUUAUUAUACACACAGGAAACUGUUGAGAGUGAAAAACCCAGCAGCGUUGCAGUCCUUGACACAAACCGGUGCACCUGGCACCUACUACCAUACCCCGUUCAAAAGGCACUUAAAUCUUUUGUCUUGCCCAUUCACCCUCUGAAUGGCACACACACACAAUCCAUGUCUCAAUUGUCUCCUCCCCGUCAUCUAGACUGAUUGAAGUGGAUUUAACAAGUGACAUCAAUAAGGGUGUCAUGGAAAGAGCUCGUGUUCCUAAUGUUCUGUAGACUCAGUGUACAAAUAUACAGCAUAGGCCACCAUUUAAUAGCGGGUACUUUUAUGUAAUUUGGAUGUCACAAACACAUCACUCGCAAAACCCUUUUAACUUAAAAUUACAGACAAUAUUUUUUUUUCUCUGGCCUCCAGACCUUCUUUCAUAUACAGGACAAUAACAAAUUGGCCUUGCAGCAUCGACAAAUGUCGCUUGGUACAAGUAACCUACAGUACUCCCAUCUGAAGCGAUGUGAAAGUAUAUUGAUGUGAGGCACCAUACUAAGUAAAGCAUUCUAAGGAGAUCUAUUAGUUACCGCUGUGCAGCAUGCAUUAUGGGCCGCCCAUGGGAGAGCAGGAAAUCGUUUGAAAAUGUGUCCCAAAUGGCACCCUAUUCCCUAUAUAGUGCGCUACUUUUGACCAGGGGCCCAUAUUGGAUUAUAUUGAAUAGGGUGCCAUUUGGGACACAAAUAUAAACUUAAAUAAGUUCCAAGCAGUGUCAAGCUCAGUGUCUGUUAUCUGCGUGUUGCACAGAAUCACAGAAAUAAACCGUAGAUACAGUACUUUCUCCUUUAAAUCGGUGUCUUCCUUCAAGACCACUACAAAAAGGGAUUGUUGGUUGGUCAGAAGACUGAUGCUAGGUCGCCCGCCUGCCUGCAGCAGCAGAAGAGACCGAUUUGGUAAGUGUGGAGAAAGAGAAGAGGCUCAUAUCAAUACAUUUAUACAGAAACAUGGACUGAAGGUAGCCUAAAAAGUGUGCCGCUAUUUCUGAGUCCAUAGCUUCUUACCUAGCCAUUCCCAGACAAACGUGUGAUGAGUGGAAGCGCAUGUCGAAUGUUUGUCUGUGAGCCCCGCCUUCCACUCAACUAUUGGUCAAUUCCGCAAAUACUCGUCUCUGAUUAGAGGGUUAGAUUGUCUAUCAGUAGGAGUGACGUGGAAUACCAGGAAAUGAUAAUUGAGGAAGUGAUGUGUUGGCAUUUUAGGGAGAAUUUGUUGCAAGGUACAGCAAAUCCGUCAAAUAUCUAUCUUACAUGUUUGUAGACGGCAGACGGCAACCUGAGAAUGCAGGUUUGA